AGCAUGGGUAUGCCACCGGCGUAUGCACUCAUGUGUGCGACCACCACAACCCCCCCCGACCAACCUUGUACCCCAACCGGCGUAGCAGUAGCUUUGUGUAGGGGGGCGGAUACACCGGUGCAAAAGAGACUGGUAUUAUGUGACAAUUUAUAAAAGAAAAUGGCCAGUGACCAUCAAGAAAAUAUACCAGAACCAAGCAUUGUUUUAGUUGAACCAUUUUAUGGAGGUUCGCAUAAACAAUUAGUAGAUUUAUUAUUAGAGGAAAUUCCUGGCUGUGUCUUAUUCACAUUACCAGCAAAAAAAUGGCACUGGAGAAUGAGGACAGGUGCUUUGUAUUUGUCACAAAAUAUACCAGCUAAUCCUUUAUACAGGAUUCUUUUUUCGAGUUCAGUUCUUAACCUAGCAGAAUUAGUUGCGUUGAGACCAGAUUUAGCUUUAUUGAAGAAAAUUUUGUAUUUUCACGAAAACCAGCUGGUUUAUCCAGUACGGAAACAGCAAGAUAGGGAUUUUCAAUAUGGAUACAAUCAAAUAUUAUCAUGUCUUGUUGCAGAUACUGUUCUAUUUAAUUCAAAGUUUAACAUGGAUUCCUUUCUUAACUCAAUUGAAUCGUUCCUCAAGUUAAUGCCUGAUUUUCGUCCGAAAGACAUUCAGAAUACGAUAAGGUCAAAGAGCAUUGUGCUUUAUUUUCCUGUGAAAUUAAUAGAUGAAAAUAUCUUCUCGACGGACGAUGCAGUGAAUGACGAGGAACACGAAAGGUCACAGGAUGAAGAGAUUCCUUCAGAAAUCUCACCUACAGAAGAACCACUUCAUAUCGUUUGGCCUCAUCGCUGGGAACAUGAUAAAGAUCCAGACAUGUUUUUCAACGCAAUGUUUCAACUGUGUGAGCUUGGAAUGACGUUUAAUCUUUCAGUUAUUGGGCAGGUGUUCAAAGAGGUCCCAGAAAGUUUUUCUGUGGCAAAAGACAAGCUAGCUCAACACAUCGUUAAUUGGGGGUUUAAAGAAACUAGAGAGGAUUAUUUAAAUGUCUUAAAACAUGCAGAUGUUGUAGUCUCAACUGCCAAACACGAGUUCUUUGGUGUUGCAAUGAUGGAAGCAGUGUGCUGUGAGUGUUUCCCAUUAUGUCCUAAUAGAUUGGUGUACCCUGAGCUUUUUCCUAAAGAAUGUCUGUAUAAUACCCAGGUACAACUUUUUAAAAGACUAAAACAAUUUAUUGCCAAGCCAAGAUUAGUACGUCAAACUAAAGUACAGAUUGAUCUUUCUAAAUUUGGAUGGAGAUCUCUCCAGAAGCAAUUUAAAGACAUUUUGCAAUGAACAGGCAGGCAUCGUAUACUCGAUUCAGUCGAUUGCAAACAAAGUAAUGAGUUGUAUAUAAUAUUCACGCUGUAUGCAUGAUAUUUGUACAAAUUUAUUACAUACCCUUUCAAUAUAAUGAGCAGAAACAGAGUUUGUUAGAGGUUUGUUUUGAGUAGCUUCAAUCAUUGCGCUAUCUAAAAGUAAAGGUUUAAUCUAGAUGUUUAUCUGCAUGUCAUCUGUAGAUACUGUACUAUAUAGUUUGAUUGGCUGACUCAAACAGGAACAUAUAAAGGGCCGAAGAAUUACAAUAUUCAAAUGCAUGUCAAACGUGGCAUUUCAAACGUUUAGCCGAAGGAAACUGUUUCUGAUUAAAUCUUAUAUUAAUUUAUCAAAUCAAAGUUGUUAUUAAAAUCUUAUACAAUAAUAUAUUAAGAUGUAAUAUCAUUUUGGUCAUUUGGGAUUUUUAAUAUAGUUCAUCACUUAAAAUAUUCAUUUACUUUUUAGGGAAAAUUUAUAGUGUCUUGUUAAGUUUUAAUUAAUGUUGACUAUGAAAUUGAAUACAGCUUUUUCGCUGACAUUAAUUUAUAUUAUUGAAUAUUCAGUAUCAUAUAAUAAAAAAUGCCGAAAUGUACAAUUUUA